AUGGCUUCGAGCUCGCAAUCCACGCCGUUCGGAGCGUCGCACUCGGCCUACAGAGACGAACUUCGCAUUCCAGAGCUCGAGCCCUACAGAGAUGAAGCAGGAUUCUUGCCAUUGGUACCUUGCUCCAAGUGCGGAACCCUUCUCAUCGGUCGCGUUUCACAUAAGGAGGGUAGCAAGGGGAAGCGGUUCUACAAGUGUCCACUGUUGGAGCAUACCGAUUAUGCCUGUCGCACAUACUACUUUGAAGAACACUAUGUCCCUUUGUUGGUCUCCAAAGGUGUUCUUCCUCGCCAUUUCAGUCAGCUUAGAGGUCGUGAUGGCAUGGGGCUGGAGGUGAUGAAGGAUGGCAAGGACAUGUUGAAGGCCUGCCAAGGUGUUGAUGCCUGCCAAGAACUGAUGGAGAGUGCAGUCAUUCAUCUCAAAGAUUCAGAGGCACUGCUUAAGGCAUUAGUUGAUAGCAAUAGCAAAUUGAUGACAAAGAUGGAUAAGAUUGGAGAGAGACUGCUUGUAGUCGGUGCUGUAAAGGUGUUUAUUUUAGUUUUAGUUUUGUUAGUGUUGUUGGUUAAGUGA